GUAGUUUGUUGUCGCCAUUUCUCUGCUCCGCCCCCACUUCCUCUCUUGGCGUUUGUCGACUUUUGAGAGAUCUUUUUGGCAAUCCUCAGGCGCGCCUCGCGGGAAUCCUAAUGUUGUGGAUUAAUAUUGAUAAAGGGUAACGGUGCGAGACUACCAUCCACCACUGUGAGCACAGGAUAUGUGACCCCUACGCCACACUUCUCCUCCUAACAUGUUUGAAGUCAAACCGCGAGCCGUGGAGAAGAAGGAGUCCAGCACAGAGACUGAUGAGGGCCUGGGGAGCAGCAGCAGGCACUACGGCUCCGGCUCAGUGGGUUCUGCUUCGGUGGAAUCGGGCUCGUUCUACUUAUCAGACAGCCAGGACUGGGUGGUUUCCCCGAGCUGCUCCCCCGAUGAGGGUCCUGCCCAGCGCACCGCCAUCUCCCCCAUGCUGGCAGAGGAGACUUUCCGCUACACGGCCUACCUCUCUUUGGACCACCCCUCUCAUACCUACUCUGCUUCCCACAACCUGUCCAAAGUCCUCAGUUCCGAUCGUAUGGAGCAGAUGAGCAAGACGUACAAUGACAUCGAAGUGGUCACACACCUUCUGGCCGAGCGUGACAGAGACCUGGAGCUGGCGGCUCGGAUCGGACAGUCGCUUCUGCAGAGGAACCACCUGCUGCAAGAGCGCAACGAGGCUGUGGAGGAGCAGCUGGCGCAGACCCUGGACCAGGUUCACCAGCUGCAGCACGAGCUCAGUAAGAAGGAUGAGUUGCUGCGCAUGGUGGCCAACGCCUCCGAGGAGUGUGACGGAGACUCCAGUGGAUCAACCCCACCGACGCAGCCGCCGUUAGCCGGCGGAACCGCCGCCGCACUCGGCCAGCUGGAGUCGAUGCAGUGUAAGCUGCAGGAGCUGGAGGAGGAGAACUUGGCCCUGAGGUCUGAGGCCUGCCAGCUGAAGAGGGACACCAUCACCUAUGAGGAGAAGGAACAGAAACUUGUGAGCGACUGUGUCAAGGAGCUCCGUCAGUCCAACACUCAGAUGGUGUCGAUGACAAAUGAACUGUCCCAGAAGAACGAGGAGCUGGUCAGACACCAGGAGGAAAUCGCUCAGUUGCUGUCGCAAAUUGUAGAGCUGCAGCAUCGGGUCAAGGAGCUCGCCUUGGAGAAAGAAGAGCUGAGGAUCCACCUGCAGGCUUCCAAAGAGGCCCAGAGACAACUCACAGCGGAGUUGAACGAGCUGGCCGAAAGGAACGCCGAGUGCGUCGAAAUGCUCCACGAGUCGCAGGAGGAGAUCAGGGAGCUCCGCAACAAAAACGCUUCCCCGUCUGGCAUGCGACGGCAUCUCUCCUAUGGCCUCUACCCCAUGGAUUCGCUGGCGGCAGAGAUUGAAGGCACCAUGAGGAGAGAGCUGUGUGCUGACGAAGAGACCGCAGUCCAGGACCAAAGGAUUUGCCAGAAGAGAGUCUUCCAGACGGUGCGCUCCGUCAACGCCUCAACAUCCCGGCCCCAUUCGGCAACCCCGCCGAUUCCCGGUUCUGGACGGAACUCUCUGGUGAUGACGGCGCAGCCCUUCCCUUCUUCUCAUGGAGAUGAAGUGCCACAGGACCGGCCCGGUUUCCCGGGUGGGAACGACCUGACCAAAGCGCUGCAUCGCCUGUCGUUACGGCGGCAGAACUUCUUGUCGGAGCACCAGUUCUUCAAGGCGGAGCGAGAGAAAAAGCUGCAGAGCCUCGCCGGGGCCGAGGCUCAUGACGUGGGAAGCGGUUGCGGCUCGCCCAUGGGCAGCGCGUUCUCCUCCUUUUCCAAUUUGUCAGAAUACUCCAUCGGCUCCGGCGUCUUCAAGACUUUCCUGCCGGAGAAGCUUCAGAUCGUCAAGCCCAUGGAAGGCUCCCUGACGCUACAUCACUGGCAGCAGCUUGCCAAACCCCACCUGGCCACCAUCCUGGACCCGCACCCCGGCGUCGUCACCAAGGGAUUCCGGCCGCUCGCCCAGGAGGCCGUUUACCGGCUGAACGACAUGGAGGAAGAUGAGGAGGAUGAAGCGCGCCGACAGAGGGAGGCCGGCGUCUUGGAGAAAGGCGCGGCCGAGAGAGGCAAAGAGGAAGACGAGGAGGAAGUUGGCAUUGUCUUCAACGUGCGCUGCUCGUCGACGCCUGAACAAAAGAAAGACGGAAAGCUGUCGGACGCUCCUCUUCCUGUUGCGCCUCGCUCGCCAUCCCGGCCGCUCUCCGCCGCCGCCGCCGGUGCCGGGCCAUCGUCUCAUCCUGCUCCAAAUGUUUCAGUCCAGUCGAGCACAUCGAUCUCAGUCCCAAAUCCCGUCAAGUGUCAGAGCUCCACCUUCUCCACCUACACGUUCACCACCUGCCGCAUUUUGCACCCAUGUGAUGUCACGCAAGUCACCCAAAGUUCACAGUCAUCUGCCAAUGGCAACACGCCGAGCUCCAUGAGGACGGGACCCAGCACCCCUCUGACUCCCUGCCGACUCAGCCUGGGCGACACCUUUCCCGCCCGGCGCCCCCUAGUGGCCACCGGCGGGUUGGCCAAGCUGGUCCUGGAGAGAGGCAUUUCUGCACAGGUCUCCGCGGAAACCCCCCCGUUGGGCGCAAGGCCCACGCCCCCGCAGCCCCUCCUCCGCCUUCUCCCGGGCACGCCCCCCAACUCGCCCUCGCACUCGCCCGGCUCCGAGUGCCGUCAGCACUCGGCGGACAAUUUUCUGGCCUCGAGGCCGGCCGAGUUGUUCCUGCGAGACGUUUACGGCUUGAACCUGGGCCGCUCGCCGCACCCAGACCUACCCAGCCCCUCCCGGGAGAACUCGGCCCGCGCGCCGCCCCCGGACCCUCUAAACGUGGGCCUUUUGGAGCGGCUCCGUCAGAUGGGAUUGACCAAGCCCCCCCAGGCGUCCGCCACCUUCGUGUCGGCGGGCGGCGGGAGCCUGCUGGACGGUCUGAGGCGCAACCACAGCCUUCCGGCCAUGAUCGGCGCCCGGGCGGGAAAGCCGGCGGGUCGGCCCUCGCCUCCCCCUCCCCCCACCUCCCUGGCGCUCCCCCCACCGCCUUGGGGCAACCUCAAGCAAAGAUGCACAAAAGGCACAUCAAACACCCUGCCGCGUUCGGGGGAAUCCUAAAACGCCGUCGUUGCACCUAAAAAGUCCCGCUUACGUGUCCUGUUCCAAUCUCGCUUUUUAGGACUUGAUUUUUAAAGCACAACAGAUUUCAACGGAAUUUUUAACCGCUUGCCCUGAUUCGAGUUUGAUGGGCCUUAGCUUUUGUCUCAAUGGACCUUGUUGAACGUCUCUGUGUUUUUUUUUUUAAAGGGGGAAGCUUUGACCACAAUUGACCAAAGUAUCGAGACGGUGUGGAUCAAUCCCGACUAACUUAAAUGAGCAUAGAAGGUUUUGUGGAUGUGGAAGAGAAGGAAGGCGUUUCCGCUUGUGAUGCUUUCAGAAAGAAUGGUCUCCGUUACGUUUGUUCACGUUUGAAUCCAGACUUGUUCCAAGGGCUUCUUUAGUCGUGGCCUCAAUCUGAAUGUAGGAAUUGAAGUACGGGGAUAUUGUAUUGACAGUCAAGAGAAAAAUGUUCCUUUGCCGCCGUCAUUUUAGUCAUCCUCUGCGAUUGACGUAACCUCAUGUAUAAAAUUUCACAGGGUGUAGUCGAGUUCUCGGUCAUCGAGAUCCGCUGUCCUGCGAUCAGCUCAUCCGCGAGCUCUGGAGAGGCUCGAUAACUCACCCGAUCAUUUCAAUCAGUCGUGUGAAGGAGGGAAACUUUGAAAACAGGCAGCCCAGUGGCUCUGUAGAAUUGGACUUGCCUCGCCCCCCCCCGCACUAGACAAAAAGUCCCCUCUGCAGCAGUUUUGGAUGCCUACAUGAUAUUCUUGCGUCCAAGUCUCCGGGUCCCAGCAUGUUCAUGGGACCCGGUUGAAGGUCCAAACCAGACCAGGAAAGUUGGAUAUUGUGUGUGGUGGAUUAUGACUUUUUUUUUGGUUUUGUUUUUAAAUAAGCGGCCUUAUGUAGAAGUGUUGCUCGCUUGCCUUUUCGCCACUCGCUGUGUAUUAUUUGCAUGUUUUGUGUUUCGCUGCGUCCACACUUCCACUGACUUACUGUUUGUUAUUUAUAUUUUAACGUUUGGGUUUCUUAUGCUAACCUAUUGAUGAAAACGAUUCCAGUCACAAUGUUGACUAAAACUGUGUCGCGGUCUGUUAUUUUUGUCCAGAUUUGGAAGAUUACCAAAAUCAUGCCAUUCUUUUAUUUAUUAAUUGUUUUUAAUAUACUGGCUUUUGUGUAUUUUAGCUUAUACAUUUUUGUAAUCCACAUAAAAUGUUUGCAAGACUGAAA